UCAGGCUCUGUCAUGUGAUCAGCUGUGUUCACGGUUAUCGGCAUUUCUCUCCUAACGAGCUGUCACGCUGACAGCUUAUCAGUGUGCCUUGAUGAUCAGUGUAGCCCCGUCAGUGCCAGCUGUGAGUGUCCAUUAAUGCCACCUGCCAGUGCCCAUCAGUGCCACAUCUAUGCCACAUAUCAGUGCCUACCAGUGCAUAUCAAUGCCACAUAUCAGUGCCCAUCUGAGCUACCUUUCAUUGCCACCUAUCAGUGCCAGUCAGUGCCACCUAUCAAUGCCAGUCAGUGCUGUCAAUCAGUGCCACCUAUCAGU